UCGUGAGGCCUCCCUGCUAGAAGCUGGGGAAUGAGAGGCCACAUCUGGACACAUGUCAGAUGUGCCUCCGAUAAAGAGACUGGGAGUGUUUAACUUGGGGAGGGGGCGGGGAGAGGAUCUUCCCGGAGUGCCUGCCUUCCAGAGCCAGAGGACCCUCCCGGCUGUCUGUGGGUCCCUAAAUGUGUGUGCAGUGUAGCGGUGGUGGGGUUACCUGGAGUCAAGACAGUUGGGCUCUCACUAUCAAGAAUGUGCUGGCCAAAGCCCUCUACGACAAUGUGGCCGAGUCCCCAGAUGAGCUGUCUUUCCGCAAAGGUGACAUCAUGACGGUUCUAGAGCGGGACACACAGGGCCUGGACGGCUGGUGGCUCUGCUCACUGCACGGGCGCCAAGGCAUUGUGCCAGGAAACCGCCUCAAGAUCCUGGUGGGCAUGUACGACAAAAAGCCAGCAGGGCCUGGGCCUGGCCCUCCUGCCACCUCAGGCCAGCCUGGGCCUGGCCUCCAUACCCCAGCUGCCCAGUAUACACCCACGCUACUCACUGCCUACCAGCCUCAAUCUGACAGUGUCUACCUGGUACCCACCCCCAGCAAGACUCAGCAAGGUCUCUACCAAGCCCCUGGGCCCAGCCCGCAGUUCCAGUCUCCCCCAGCCAAGCAGUCACCUGCAUUCUCAAAGCAGAUGCUCCAUCACUCCACCCCAGACCUAUACCAGGUGCCCCCAGGGCCAGGCAGCCCUGCCCAGGACAUUUACCAGGUGCCACCCUCUGCUGGAGUAGGUCACGACAUCUACCAGGUCCCACCAUCCAUGGACACUCGCAGCUGGGAAGGGGUGAAGCAACCACCAAAGGUGGUGGUGCCUACCCGUGUGGGACAGAGCUAUGUAUUCGAGGCCUCCCAGUCAGAACAGGAUGAGUACGACAUCCCACGUCACCUGCUGCUGGCCCCUGGCCCCCAGGACAUCUAUGACGUGCCCCCUGUUCGGGGGCUACUUCCCAGCCAGUAUGGUCAGGAGGUAUAUGACACACCUCCCAUGGCUGUCAAGGGUCCCAAUAGCCGGGACCCAUCACUAGAUGUAUAUGAUGUACCUCCCAGUGUAGAGAAGGGCUUGCCAUUGUCCAACCACCAUGCGGUAUAUGAUAUCCCUCCAUCUGUGAGCAAGGAUGUGCCUGAUGGUCCACUGAUCCGUGAGGAGACGUAUGAUGUGCCCCCCGCCUUCGCCAAGGCCAAACCCUUUGAUCCCAACCGACACCCACUGGUCCUAGCACCCCCUCCGGACUCACCACCAGCUGAGGAUGUGUAUGAUGUGCCACCCCCCGCACCUGACCUCUAUGACGUACCCCCUGGCUUACGGCGGCCUGGCCCCAGCACCCUCUAUGACAUUCCCCGUGAGCGGGGCCUUCAUCCUGAUGCGGUUGAUGGCAGUGUGACUGAUGAUGGUGUGUACUCGGUGCCACCUGCAGCUGAGCGAGAAGCCCCGGCUGAUGCCAAGCGCCUGUCAGCCUCGAGCACAGGCAGCACGCGCAGCAGCCAAUCGGCCUCUUCCCUGGAAACAGCGGUGCCGGGCCGUGAGCCCCUGGAACUGGAGGUGGCUGUGGAAGCCCUAGUACGGCUGCAGCAGGGUGUGAGCUCUACUGUAGCCCAUCUCCUGGACCUGGUUGGCAGUGCUGGCGGGGGUGGGGGCUGGCGCAGCACCCCUGAGCCUCAGGAGCCCCCGGCACAGGACCUGCGAGCUGCUGUGGCUGCUGUCCAGGGGGCUGUAAGUGAGCUGCUGGAGUUUGCCCGCAGCGCCAUAGGCAACGCUGCCUACACCUCUGACCGCACACUGCAUGCCAAGCUUAGCCGGCAGCUACAGAAGAUGGAGGAUGUGUACCAGACACUGGUGGCCCACGGUCAGGCCCUUGACAGUGGCCGGGGAGGCCCAGGAACCAUUCUUGAAGACCUGGACCGCCUAGUGGCCUGCUCACGGGCUGUGCCCGAGGAUGCCAAGCAGCUGGCCUCUUUCUUGCAUGGCAAUGCUUCACUGCUCUUCAGACGGACCAAAGCCCCUGUCUCAGGGUCUGAAGGGGGAGGUUCCCUGUACCCUAACCCCACUGACAAGGCCAGUAGCAUCCAGUCCCGGCCUCUGCCCUCACCUCCCAAGUUCACCUCUCAGGACUCACCAGAUACAGAUGGGCAAUAUGAGAACAGUGAAGGGGGCUGGAUGGAAGAUUACGACUAUGUCCACCUGCAGGGGAAGGAGGAGUUUGAGAAAACCCAGAAGGAGCUACUGGAAAAGGGCAACAUCAUGCGACAGGGGAAGGGCCAGCUGGAGCUGCAGCAGCUGAAGCAGUUUGAGCGGCUGGAACAGGAGGUAUCACGACCCAUAGACCACGACCUGGCCAACUGGACGCCUGCCCAGCCCCUGGCCCCGGGUCGGACCGGUGGGCUGGGCCCCUCGGAUCGGCAGCUUCUACUCUUCUACCUGGAGCAGUGCGAGGCAAACCUGACCACACUGACCAACGCCGUGGAGGCCUUUUUUGCAGCCGUGAAUGCCAACCAGCCACCCAAGAUCUUUGUGGCACACAGCAAGUUUGUCAUCCUCAGUGCCCAUAAACUGGUGUUCAUUGGGGACACACUGUCCCGGCAGGCCAAAGCAGCCGAUGUGCGCAGCCAGGUGACUCACUACAGCAACCUGCUGUGCGACCUGCUGCGUGGCAUCGUGGCCACCACCAAGGCCGCUGCCCUGCAGUACCCAUCUGCUGCUGCAGCCCAGGACAUGAUGGACAGGGUAAAGGAACUGGGUCACAGCACCCAGCAGUUCCGCCGGGUCCUGGGCCAGCUGGCAGCCGCUUGAGAGUGGGUGUGCAGAAGGACGAGGGUGGGGCAGAAGGCAAUGUUGGUCUCAGCUGCCCUGAGAGAGUCAUCACAUAUGAGCAUGGGGACAGGCAACCCCAGUUCUGCCUGGGCCUGGUGCCCCAGACUCUCCAGGUAUUUGUAUAUAUUUAUAACAGGGCAGACUGGGGUCAGUGCCUCUUCCUCUGAAGAGCCUUCAAGAGUAGUGUGCCCAGGAACUAAGGUCAAGGAGCUAGCUGAUGGUCUGCCCUGAGCACUGUGGGCUUGGGUACAUGGCAACUGUCAGACCAGACCAGGUGCCUCCACCCACCAGGCCCCAGGCUGACCCCGUCCCAUGAUGGUGCCACUCCCCCCACACACACAGGGCAAGCACAGCUGCGGAGUGUUCCUUCUCAGCACCAGGAGAAAACACUAGACAUAUUUUUCAUUGUUGGCUUUCCAGUCAUCUGACUAAUAGUCUACACUUAAAAAUAAAAUUUUUAAGUUGAA